GUGGCUUACAAAAAGCUCACGGAGAGCGUGUCCUAUCUCGACACAAUCUUCGGACAAGUUCCAGUGAGCGAAAACAAGCCUGCCUCCGAUUCAGGGGCAGCUUUCCCCGUAAACAUUGAAAAGUUUUGGGAACUCGAGCACAUCGGAAUCCUACCGGAGGAGCACACUGUUGAUGGAAAAAUCUCGGAGACUUUCAUUCAAGACUUUCUAAAAACCGUUGAAUUUAAGGACGGAAUGUACAGCACGAUUCUCAACCUGGACUCAAGAAAACUUGAGUAUCUCACAGAUAACUUCCCAGCAGCGAAGCAACAAGCUCACAAGCUGCUGAAAUCAUUGGAUCAAAAGCCGAGUCUCCGAGAAGAGUACAUCAAACAGAUGAAUGUGUUUUUCGAUUCUGGUUACGCCGAGCCGGUGCCCCUGGGGGAAAAACCUAGGUAUUUCAUGCCACACUUCCCGGUGGUCAAUGAAUCCAAGGUAUCCUACAAGGUCCGACCGGUAUUCAAUGCGUCGUCAAAGAUGAAAGGUCAACUCUCCCUCAACGAUGUCAUUCUCGAGGUUCCAAAUUUGCUUCCAACUUCUGUCGAAAUGUUGUCCAAGUUUAGAGUCCGUGAGAUCGCGUUCGUCGGUGAUAUCACGAAGGCGUACCUCACGAUCGGCGUAAAACCGGAGAUGAGAAAUUUCCAGUGUUUCCUGUGGUCCAGAAACGGAGACGCUUCGAAUCUCAAAGUGUACCGCAUGAAUCGAAACUGUUUUGGCGUCAAGGACGCUCAGUUCAACGUCAUCUCAGUUAUCCGAAUGCAUGCAAACAAUUUCCAAAACUCCCACCCGGGAGCAUCCAAGGCAUUGAUGGAGGACCUCUACAUGGACGACCUCGUAACGGGGGCUGACUCCAUUGAAGAAGCGAGGGAAAUCCAGUCCGAUAUCUCCUACAUUCUUGGUAAGGCUGCCAUGGUAAUGCGAAAAUGGCGUUUUUCGGAGGAAAGCUGCGAUGACAACUCACAGGUCAUUCUCGGGUCGCAGAUGCCAGAAAAAGUGCUCGGUGUUGUUUGGAACAACGAAACCGACGCUCUGACAUUCGAUCCCGCAAACUUGAUCGAGUUCGUCGCCGCCGCCAAACCAACGAAGCGAACACUGCUGGGUGCGGCCGCAAGGUUGUAUGAUCCGACAGGCUUCCUUUCACCUUUCGUGAUGCAGAUAAAAUUGUUGAUUCAGAAGGUUCAUCUCCAAAAACUGGGUCUCGAUAAAGCCUUUCAAGGCGAAAUUCUCGACGGUUGGAAAAAGUGGUGUGAUCAGCUUCCAUUCAUCAGUAGGUUCCAAAUUCCAAGGUGUUUCACGAAGGGAUUCAGAGCUGUGAAACUGGAGCUGCACACAUUCGCCGACGCGAGCGAUUCGGCGUACGCCGCCGUAGUCUAUCUCAAGUCGUGGAAUCCAAACUCGGAUGAGCGCGCUGUCGUGCUCGUAGCUUCGAAGGCUCGAAUGACGCCUCUCAAAUCUCUAAGCUCUCUAACGAUUCCAAAGAAGGAGCUUGUGGCGGCUAUGUGUGCGGCGCGGCUGGCAGCAUCCAUAAAAAAGUUCCUGAAUCUAAGUUGUGAGACGUUCUACUGGACGGACUCUAUGAAUGUCUACUAUUGGAUCAGAAGAGACUGUCCAUUGAAGUAUGAGGUGUUCGUUCGGAACAGGCUAAUUGAGAUUUCCAAGUUGACAAAACCGUUGGAAUGGCGGCAUGUCCCCGGAGUCGAGAAUCCGGCAGACUAUCCGUCACGCGGCAUGUCAAUGGAGAAACUACUCAAGGAACCGUCCUGGCUCAACGGACCCGCUUUUCUAAAAUCAGAAAUCUAUCCCGAAGUCCAUUCCACAGAGGUAGAAGUGUUUGUUGCAACGGCAACUCAGGUCGAGGUCAAGGAAAAGAAUUCGGUCAUUCCAAUCGAAAGAUACUCCACGCUAAGAAGAGCGAUCAGGGUAACGGCGACGAUUUUUCGAGCUAUAGCGAUCUUCCAGCUCCGCUGGUAUCAAAAAAAUGCCAGGACAAGGAAGUCCAAAGAAUUGGCUUCUCAGAAAGUCAAAUUGUUCGGCAAAGGUGUUCCGUCAGACUCCAUAACGCGCCGGCCGAUAACGGCACUCGAGCUCAAAUUGGCGAAGCAACACCUUACACGGGAGGCGCAACAGCGUUGCUUCCGGGAGGUAGCCUUGAGUCGGAGUGUCGCGGAGAGUCGGGCGCUCACUAGCCUUGGUGCGUAUUUCGAUUCUGCCGACUUGUUACGUCUGGGGGGAAGAUUGGAGAACUUCGAGGGAGAUGAGGCGUUGAAACACCCAAUCGUGCUGUCGGAAGACUGGUUCACGACGCUGGUGAUACGAGAUCUCCACGAAAACCAACUUUCUCACCUUCGUACUGACAUGGUUCUGGCGAAUCUCCGACAGGAAUUUUGGAUUCUCCAAGCUAGGCGCCAGGUCAAAAAAGUAAUCGGUCGUUGCGUGAGAUGCAAAAGGUAUACGGCCAAACCGUCCGGGGCUCCGCAGGCUCCACUACCGGCCCCCCGAACAGAAUCGGGUGGGGUGUUCAGGAACGUUGGGAUCGAUUACCUUGGCCCCUUCGAAAUCCGCAGUGGGAAAGUGUGGAUCUGUCUUUUCACAUGUUCUGUUACUCGAGGUGUCCACUUUGAGGUCGUUGAAGACUAUUCAGCCGAGGCAUUCCUGCAGGCUCUGAAACGAUUCGUUGCCACGCGCGGUUUGCCGGCCAGAAUAAUCUCAGACAAUGGUUCCAAUUUCGUGCGCUCGGCGAGGGGUUUGAGAUGCCUCUGGGAAAACCUUCGGUCAGCUCAGGUCCAGGAGUUCAUGAGCGUUCGAGGCUUCCAGUGGUCCUUUAAUGUUCCCCGAGCAGCGUGGUGGGGAGGACAGUUUGAAAGAUUGGUUCGGGUGACUAAAGAUUGCAUGCGCAAGACGCUCAACGGGGCUGUGCUCUCUCUAUUCGGUUCAUGA